AAGGGGGUACAAGGCUGACAGUACUCUCGUCGCCGGGAAUCACCGAAGAUACAUUCAGGAUUGCUUAGGAAUCUGUGAUCCGAAUGGCAGGCGCGCUGUCAUCGACAAAGUUGAUUGAUUGAAAUCAUGAGAGCCCAGAGAUUAAGGAUUAGCGGUGCGUCGUGAUCGGAGAAGAUGGCCGUGGCGAAGGGUCAUCUCGACGGCAGAUCGUCAAGUUGUCUGAGAAAGUAUAGGAUUUUCUUCGUUUUCGGCAUAACUAUACUUGUAGCUCAGGUUUACUUGGCGUAUAUGUUUUUUGCCUUGGAAAAUGAGGACCGUAAAAUCGUACGACUCUUCUCGGGUGAGGGUGACUCUUCGCAGCCUGAAGAGGGUGAAGGUUUACCAAAGGGAUCUCGCCAGUUGAAACUUCCUCCUGAUAAACAAGGAAACACUAACAAAUCUUUUCAAUCUCAUCGUAAUCGCACCACACGUGUGAAAUUGGAUUUGAAGUCGUUAAACUUUACUCCAGGGUGUGAAGUUACUGGCAGAGAGGCAGUGAGUGCAGUAACUCGAGCACAGAGUCAAAAAUGCAAACAACGCAUUGUCAAUGUGACGUGCCUUAGUCAGCAGGGUUUACUUUACCCUGAAAAAUUACAAUCUUGGUGCCCACACUCUUUAGGAUUCUCAGUCAUGCCAAAAAGCUUGGGUUGCUUUACAGAUGACAAGACUCCAAAGUUAUUGUCGGGUUACUACGCCGUUUUUAAGGGGAACAACUCUCCAGACCGUUGUGCAUAUGUCUGUCUACAAUCAGGGUAUCCUUAUGCAGGAGUUGAAUACUCGUCUGACUGUUACUGCGGUAUGGAGGAACCACCACAGACAAAACGUUUACCAGAUUCUAGUUGCAAUAUGAAAUGUCCUGGAGAAUCAAAAUAUUCCUGUGGCGGUUACUUGACUAUUAACGUCUUUUGGACAGGAAUUCAAAGGUUUAAGGCACAAGAAGCCAGAAACUCAAGUUCGAGAACUGCAAAAGAAACACCAGCACGAAUUGCCUACUUAUUGACUGUAAAUGGUAGGGCAAGUCGUCAAGUUAAAAGACUUAUCAGUAUUCUUUACGAGCCUUCGCAUCUUUUUUACAUUCAUGUCGAUGCGAGGCAAGAUUAUUUGUAUCGUGAAAUGUUGAAGGUAGAAAAAAUGUGUAAAUUAAAGAACAUAAGGGUAGCACGUGGUGCAGGUCUACGCCAUGCAAGUAUCUGGGGUGGAGCGAGUCUCCUGACCACGCUAUUGAGUUCUGCACGGGAGAUUUUGUCCGAUCCUCAUCACUGGGACUUCCUUGUAAAUUUAUCAGAGUCAGACUUCCCAGUGAAAAGUAAUGCUCGGCUGAUCGAAUUUCUCACUUGGAACAAGGGUAUGAAUUUUGUUAAAUCUCAUGGCAGAGAAGUUCAAAGAUUCAUCACGAAGCAGGGAUUGGAUAAAACCUUUGUAGAAUGCGAAGCACGUAUGUGGCGAGUUGGUGAUCGAAAAUUACCAUUAGGUAUUCAGGUAGACGGUGGUAGCGAUUGGGUAGCGCUAAGUCGCGAUUUUGUGGAGUACGUUACGAAAUCAAUGCCAGAUCCCUUAGUAUCUGGUUUACUAAAAGUAUUUCAGUACACAUUACUGCCAGCCGAGUCGUUCUUCCACACAGUAUUGCGUAACUCACGUUUCUGCGACACUUACGUUGACAACAAUUUACAUGUGACCAAUUGGAAACGAAAAUUGGGCUGCAAGUGCCAGUAUCGAGCAGUAGUCGAUUGGUGUGGAUGCAGUCCGAACGACUUCAAACUUGAAGACUUCAGUCGAAUAAGAAAUACGGCCGAACGGAAUUUAUUUUUUGCUAGAAAGUUCGAGCCGGUUAUUGAUCAGAGGAUAAUUGACAGAGUAGAGGAAUGGCUAUAUCCUAGCAAAUCAAAUGUCACAACCAGAUCGAAGGGAUACGACAUGUAUUGGCAGAGUCUCUACCAUCACGGAGACCUGAGUCCAGUAGCUGAUGAUGCUCUACUCACAAUUUCUAGUUCCCUUGCCAGAUUAGCUUUUCGUAAAAUCAAAGUCGAUCCGAGGAAAAUCAAUCUUUUGGAAACGACUGCAUACUUCAAACAAAAUCAUUUCGCUGGGGUUUUAAUUAGAGCUGAAGUGAAUACAAAGAAUUUUGAAUCCUCGACAUUCCAACAUGAUUUUCCUGAUCGGAUAGAAUCACUCGUUUACCUCAAACGUAAUUAUUCUACGAGCAGAACAUGGCUGGGGAGAAUACAGACUCUCUUGGUGGGUACAGAUUACGAUCAAAAAGAACAGACCUUUAGAAAUCUAUUGGGAGGAAUUGGUCCGUUGUCUAGUCCUGUUCUAUUUUAUGAAUUUGAUGCUGGUCUGGUUACUCCAAGAAAUCUCUCAGUUCUCUGGGUGGAUCCUCAUGGAAAAUUGGCUGACGUUAAUCAGUUGCAACUGGAAGAAAUGGCAUUGAAUGGACACGUCAAGCCUCAACUUGGAGACUGUCUAGUAAUUGGUACGUGGAAAGUAAUAUUGGUAUCAGACUCUGCAGUAGUAGCAAAGUUAAAUUUUCUUGUAACGCCUUUGGCGUAUUGGAAAAAUCAGAGAAUUAGUGCUGCAAAGGCGAGAGAACUACACAGUGGUCCAUCUACUCCCUAUCAGAUUUCAGAGGAUAUUAACGAAAGGUGGAAAAGUUUUCUAGAAACUAAGACUCGUCCUGAGAACGUCUUCGAGAAAAGGACAAAUUCUGAAAACGAUCAAUGGAUCGACACGUUAGUAUCUGAAUAUUAUGAAGUUGAUAGGACAUGUUACGCCGCUGAUAACAUAUCUGCUGUUAGAAAAUCUAAGAUUAAAUUACAAAGAUGUUUUGAGACCGACUGGAGCUCAUUGAGCCCUGAUCCAAAGGCUGAUAUUGAGAAUCUAUGUCAAAACUAAUCUACCAAAAAGAACAAAAAAUACGUGCCAUUCCCAAAAUCACAAGCUCAUCGCGCCAUUGCAAGAAUCAUCAAUCUCUUAGAUAUUUUUAUAAUGACCAUGCCUGUAUAUACCUCAUCGUAUUUGUAUUUAUAAAAAUAUAUGACGCGAUCUACCUUUUAAUACA